AUGCAGGUACAGCACAACAGGGCAGAACAUCGAAUACAUUCCAACCUCCUCAAGGUCAAAGCAGUCCCAGGGCUUCACCUAGAAGCACUACAAACGGAUCAUCACUCCACUGAAGCUGCGCGACAGAAGAGGCAGCAGUCAAGCUGCAAGGUGGUUUUCUGCAAGGUGGGCGGGCCAGAUGGCUUGCAAGACAUUUCCAACCCAGAGAUGCGCUUCGCACGCUUCUUCAGUGCCUUGAUGUAUCAUGGUGCACCGAAGGCCACGGUGAGCCAGUUCGUUCGUAUGGAUGGCAUGGACUUGGGCUCAACGUUCAAGUUCUCCAUCUUGGAGGGUGGCAAGUGUGUUCGGCGAGAGGAGAGGCUGCCAAGGAAGACCAUGCCUCCGGCCAUUGUGGGCUCUUUGGAGCCAGCACCGGUCUUUGCAAACGGGCACUACUUCGAGGUGACUGUGGCAAGCCUUUUUCAGUCCGUCAGCUCAGCUGACAGGCCCAAAGUCUCCGAAAUUUAUGGUCGAACUGCAGGUCUGGUCUUGGGGUUCAAGGCUGCAAGACCAGAUGAGGGGGAUGAGUUGGCCAAGGAUCUUUCCUCCGUCGCAGAUUCCUGGUGCAUUUCUUCAAAUGGGUGGUUCUUCACCCAACAGGGCCAACCAAAUCCGCAGCUGCUGCGACCCAGUAGCCAGGCGCUUUUCGGGGCAUUUGUUUUCAUCGGCUUGAAAUGCCAGUUGAUUAUACUUGCAGGAAAUCCCUUCGGCCAAAACUGA